AUGCAAGUUCUAUACUUCGACAAAACCACCAUAUUCUUCACCGGAAACCUUGUUGUUUCACUGGAAGCUUCACGCAACCUUGGACCUUUGUUUCUUGACGUUGGACCUCAACCAGACACCUCAGACAACUCAUCAGACACUUUGCCCACCAAGAAUCAACUCUUUACACCAUGCACAGCUGAUGGCAUGUUUCUACCACCCGGAACUCCAUCAACUCUUCCUCCACCGAAGUCUCCUCUUGAUUGGAGUCCAUAUUGUAAUGAUAUGGAAUUUGCAACAGCAGAAUUUGUUUUCAAACAAUCUCAUAUGUCUAACGCAGCUACAAACCAAUUAUUCGACUUAAUGGCUGCACAACUGUUAGAACACAACGGCUCCCCUCCAUUUGUCAAUCAUAAGGAUUUGCACAGGGUAAUCGAUGCCACACAACUUGGCAAUGUCCCCUGGCAAUAUUAUGAGGUCUGGUACAGGGACCCACGUCUGAUGGUGCAUAACAUGCUAGCAACCCCCACAUAUAAAGGUGAAAUUGACUUUCAACAGGCUGUAUGUCUUUCAUAUGUCCUUACAACUUCAUCACUAACAUGCUCUCAGGACGAGAUAUCAAAGGAUCCAAGCACACAUGGAUCAAUGUUUGUUCCAAUCAUCCUCAGUAGUGACAAAACUACUGUCUCCAUGGGUACAGGCAACAAUGAAUAUUACCCCCUGUAUGCCUCAAUUGGCAAUGUGCACAACAAUGUGUGGUGUGCUCACCACAAUGCUCUCAUUGUCAUCAGUUUCCUCUCUGUACCCAAAACUGUUAGAGAACAUGCUAAAACUGAGUUGUCCCACAUAUUUCAUCACCAGCUGUUUCACCACUCACUCUCUGCAAUUCUCACAAGCCUGAAGCCUGCAAUGACUGAGUAUGAGGUCCUAUGUUGUGCAGACGGACCCUUCAUAGCAGACUACGAGGAACAAUUGGUGUUAUCCUAUACAAUGAAAAAUUGGUGCACAAACAGUGGCUUGUACCGCUCUCAGGAGCAUACAGAUCUGCUGAUACAUGAAAACAUGGAUUCGGAUACAAUGUGGCAUGAAUAUGGUAUUAUGAGUGUUCUUGUCCCAUUCACGGAUGACUUCCCCCAGGCCAAUAUCCAUCAAUUGCUAUCAUUUGAUCUCCUCCACCAGCUAAUAAAAGGGGCUUUCAAGGACCAUCUUGUGGAUUGGGUAGUGGAGUACCUUAGACUUACACACGGGACCAAACAAGGAGAUGAGAUCAUGAGUGACAUAGAUCAUAGAAUUGCUGCUGUAGCACCAUUCACUGGCCUACGGCAAUUUCCUGAUGGCCAUGGUUUCAAACAAUGGACAGGUAACGAUUCCAAAGCACUUAUGAAGGUCUUUAUUCCAGUUAUCAAAGGCCACAUACCCCAAGACAUGGUCCAUGCAUUUCGUGCGCUCUUGGAAUUUUGUUACAUUGCGCUGCACAACAUCAUUACUGAGGCCUAUUUGAAUCAACUUCAAGAUGUGCUUACUUGCUCACUUUCAUAUCCCCGCCAGCAUUCAAUGACCCAUUAUGCAGACAUGAUCCGACUCUUUGGUGCCCUGAAUGGAUUAUGCUCAUCCAUCACAGAAUCGAAGCAUAUUAAGGUGGUGAAGGAUCCUUGGCGGUGGUCUAACAGGAACAAUGCCCUUGCAUCUCGCGUGGACUUCACUGUGCAAGGCAUGCUCGUUGAUGAACCAGAUGUCCCUGUUAUCGCACAACAAUUAGAAGAAAAUAUUGACAAUGGCGACGUUGUUGACGACCCAGAUGUACUCGCUCUUACACGAGGACAGACAGUAGCAGCAUUGGCAGAGGAAGUUGAUGUACCAUCCCUGCAAUGCCUCAUCCACUACUUUUUGUUCUCACAACUCUUCCCUGGCGAUCCUCACAACCCUGAAGAUGUCCCUACUGCUAGCUGCCCUCGACAUGAUGGCAGUCUUUAUGUCUUUAGUUCUGCUGCUGCAACAUUCUAUGCCCCCAGUGAUCCCAGUGGCAUGGGCAGCAUGCAAUGUAAACAGAUCCAUGUGUGUCCACUCUGGCGGAACAUCUAUCCCCACAAUGAUUGUGUAUUUGUCAAUACCAAUCCAAACCUUGAAGGGAUGAAGGGGCUUGAGGUUGCAAGAGUUAAAUGUUUCUUUUCUUUCAGAUUCAAUUGGGUCAUGUAUCCGUGUGCCCUUGUUCAUUGGUUUGACAAGGUUGAUGACUGUCCCGACAAGGAUACCGGCAUGUGGAUAGUCCAUCCAAGUGUUCAUGACAAUGGCACCCCAAACCUCACUGUUAUUCAUAUUGAGACAGUCUACCAUGCAGCACAUCUAAUCCCUGUCUACAGUCCCAAUUUCAUUCCUAGUGACAUGAAAUACUUUCAUUCUUAUGAUAUUUUCCGCUCAUUUUAUGUUAACAAAUACGCUGAUCACCAUGCCUUCGAGAUUGUGUUGUAA